CCGUUGGUUUCGUUCCUUCCCAGAUUGCAAAAAACCAGGACGAUUAAGCUCUCUACAGUCGAGUAAACUCCAGACAGUUAUUCCCCUCUCACAAAAGCGUGUCAGAACUUCUACCUACUCGCCCUUCUUCGUCGAAAGAUCUUAGAUACAACAGCAAGAAGAAGAAGGAGGAGGAAAAGUAUAAAAAGGAAUUGGGUGAGUGGAAAGCAUAGAAAUUGGAAAUGGUGGUGGAGAAGUAUUUGAACGAGAAUUUUGGGGAAGUGAAGGCGAAGCACUCGUCGGAGGAGGUGCUUCAGAAAUGGAGGAACCUAUGUUUCCUGGUGAAGAACCCGAAGCGAAGGUUUCGGUUCACUGCCAAUCUUUCCAAGCGUUAUGAAGCAGCUGCUAUGCGCCGUUCUAAUCAGGAAAAGUUAAGGAUUGCUGUUUUGGUUUCCAAAGCUGCAUUUCAAUUUACUCUCGGAGCUGCAGGGCAGCCAAGUGACUACAAAGUACCUGAGGAAGUUAAAGCUGCAGGUUUUCAGAUUUGUGGUGAUGAAUUGGGAUCUCUUGUUGAAGGUCAUGAUUCGGAGAAGCUAAAAUCUCAUGGUGGAGUAGUUGGUAUUGCAGAAAAGCUCUCCACUUCAACCAACAAUGGACUGACUACUGAUAGUGAUUUGAAUCGUAGACAAGAGAUCUAUGGCAUCAAUAAAUUUACUGAGAGUGAAGGACGGAGUUUCUUGGUAUUUGUUUGGGAAGCCCUUCAAGACAUGACUCUGAUGAUCCUCGGCUUGUGUGCUUUUGUGUCUUUGAUCGUCGGCAUAACUAUGGAAGGAUGGCCGAAAGGGGCCCAUGAUGGCCUUGGGAUUGUUGCAAGCAUCUUGUUGGUGGUCUUUGUCACGGCAACAAGUGAUUAUCGUCAAUCUCUACAGUUCAAGGAUUUGGACAAGGAGAAACAGAAGAUUGCUAUUCAGGUUACAAGAAAUGGAUACAGGCAGAAAAUGUCAAUAUAUGAUCUACUUCCUGGGGAUAUUGUACAUCUUGCCAUUGGGGACCAAGUCCCUGCAGAUGGACUUUUUAUUUCAGGAUUUUCUGUGUUAAUUGAUGAAUCAAGUUUAACUGGGGAGAGUGAGCCGGUAAUGGUAAGUGCUGAAAAUCCUUUUCUUCUCUCUGGUACCAAGGUUCAAGAUGGAUCAUGCAAGAUGAUUGUAACUACUGUUGGGAUGAGGACCCAAUGGGGUAAAUUGAUGGCAACUCUUAGUGAAGGUGGAGAUGACGAAACCCCAUUGCAGGUGAAAUUGAACGGAGUGGCAACCAUUAUAGGUAAGAUAGGUCUUUUCUUUGCAGUUGUGACUUUUGCAGUUUUAGUGCAAGGAUUGCUAAACCGUAAAUGGCAAGAGGGAAGUUAUUGGAGGUGGUCUGGAGAUGAAGCAUUGGAAAUGUUGGAAUAUUUUGCCGUUGCAGUUACAAUUGUUGUUGUUGCUGUUCCAGAGGGGCUGCCGUUAGCUGUUACAUUGAGCCUUGCCUUUGCCAUGAAGAAAAUGAUGAAUGAUAAAGCACUCGUGCGCCAUUUGGCAGCUUGCGAGACUAUGGGAUCAGCAACAAGCAUUUGUAGUGACAAAACUGGGACACUAACUACCAACCACAUGACUGUCGUGAAAUCAUGCAUUUGCUUUAACGUCAAGGAAGUGAGUAAACCCAAUGAUGCUUCUAGCUUGUGCUCUGACUUGCCAGAUUCUGCUUUGAAACUUCUUCUACAGUCAAUAUUUAACAACGGGGGAGAAGUCGUGGUUAAUAAAGAUGGCAAAUCUGAGAUACUAGGAACACCCACUGAUACUGCUUUAUUGGAGUUUGGCUUGUCACUUGGUGGGGAUUUUCAAGCUGAGAGACAAACAUCUAAACUUGUUAAAGUCGAGCCAUUCAACUCUGUGAAGAAAAGGAUGGGGGUAGUGUUGGAGCUUCCUGGAGGAGGGUUUCGGGCCCACUGUAAAGGUGCUUCAGAGAUAAUUUUGGCUGCCUGUGACAAGGUGAUCAAUGUGAAUGGUGAGAUUGUUCCCCUAGAUAAAUCAUCCAUUAAUCUUCUUACGGACACAAUCAAUCAAUUUGCUAGUGAGGCUCUUCGAACUCUCUGUCUUGCCUAUAUGGAACUGGAAAAUGGAUUCUCUUCAGAUAAUCCUAUCCCAGUUUCCGGCUAUACUUGUAUAGGAAUAGUGGGAAUUAAAGAUCCUGUCCGUCCUGGUGUUAAGGAAUCUGUUGCGGUUUGCCGUUCAGCUGGAAUUACUGUACGGAUGGUUACUGGAGACAAUAUCAAUACUGCGAAGGCUAUAGCUCGGGAGUGCGGAAUUCUCACAGAUGGUAUAGCCAUUGAGGGUCCAGACUUCCGGGAGAAGAGUCAGGAGGAAUUGCUAGAACUAAUUCCUAAAAUUCAGGUGAUGGCUCGAUCUUCACCGCUAGACAAGCAUACUCUGGUGAAGCACUUGCGUACCUCACUUGGUGAGGUCGUUGCUGUAACUGGUGAUGGAACAAACGAUGCCCCAGCACUUCAUGAAGCAGAUAUUGGGCUAGCAAUGGGCAUUGCUGGAACUGAGGUGGCUAAAGAGAGUGCUGAUGUGAUAAUUCUGGAUGAUAAUUUCUCCACAAUUGUGACAGUAGCCAAAUGGGGACGAUCAGUUUACGUAAAUAUCCAAAAAUUUGUACAGUUUCAGCUGACUGUUAAUGUGGUUGCAUUGAUUGUCAACUUCUCUUCAGCUUGUCUGACAGGGACUGCUCCCCUCACAGCUGUUCAGCUAUUGUGGGUCAACAUGAUAAUGGAUACGCUGGGAGCACUUGCACUUGCAACUGAGCCUCCAAAUGAUGAUUUAAUGAAACGUUCACCAGUUGGAAGGAAAGGGAAGUUCAUCAGUAAUGUCAUGUGGAGGAAUAUAUUAGGGCAAUCUGUGUACCAAUUUUUGGUGAUAUGGUUGCUUCAGACAAAGGGAGAAGCAAUAUUCCGUUUUGAAGGCCCAGAUUCUGAUCUGAUCCUGAACACGCUUAUUUUCAACACGUUUGUCUUUUGCCAGGUUUUUAAUGAGAUAAGCUCCCGGGAGAUGGAGGAAAUAAAUGUUUUCAAAGGCAUACUCAAUAAUUAUGUUUUUGUGGUCGUCCUUGGUUGCACUACUCUCUUCCAAAUCAUAAUUGUAGAGUUCCUGGGCACAUUUGCAAACACAUCACCUCUCACUUUACACCAAUGGUUCCUGAGUAUUGUGAUUGGAUUUUUGGGCAUGCCGGUUGCUGCCGCCUUAAAGAUGAUCCCUGUUUGAGACACAAUGGGCAACAGAUGCCAGUCUUUAAAUUACCCUCAGUCAAGGGCUGUUCGUAUCCUUGUACAAGUUGCUGGUAUUUCAAGUCAUGGGAUGAAGAGAAUUCUUGUCUGGUGGUUGCUUUUUAAGCCUGUAGAUACUUGGAAAUUUGGAGUCUCAUGCCAUUCACCCAAGUCCAAUUAAUUUGUAGGACAUCUUUUAUGAAUUCUUCUUCUCAUCAUACUUACACCACACACCUGCUAAGGAAAAAAAAAAUAAUAAAAAGAUAAAAAAUAAAAGUUGAUGUGUGGUGAAGAGACGAUGAGUAGAAUUUUUCUUCAAUAUUUACUUCUCUCGCUAGUAAUAGUUGUAUUUACCAAAGUCAUGUAAUGAACAGAAUUCUUUCAUUUUA